GGAAGCCUCGACGUAUCUUUCCUCUCCUCCCUGGUUGACCCGGACUCUGCAAGUACUCCGCCACUACUCUUCCAACCAUGCAUACUAUGACCACCACAUCCUUUGGAAUUGGAACCAAUCAACCAACCACCAGUGGUGGAAGUGGAUCAGUCCAGCACUCCAGUCGCAGCUCGCACCAGCAAGCCACCAACUUCCCUGCUGCCACUCACCUCCCUCUCCGACCUUCUAGCUAGCCUUCUGCUAUAAGACGAGCCACUCGCUCUGCCCUCUCCGUCUGCUCACACGCAAGCGCAAACCAAGCUCCUCCCCUUGCUAACCACUCCUUGCCCACUAGACCACUACUCUGCUUGAUUCGAUCUAGCUCGUGUGCCAAUAAGGCGCGCGUACACGCGUCUCGUCGUCGAGAUCGGCAGAUCGCGCAUAGGAAUGGCGGCGGCGGUGGGGGCGGCUCGCGACGCGCCGGCGACGCCGUGGACGCUGCCGGAGGAGGGCGCGGUCUCGGGCUCGGCGCGGGAGGGGUCCGCCGACGGGUGGGCUAGGAGGAAGCGCUCGAGGUCGAGGCGCCGCCUACGCCGCGCGGCGCCCACCGAGGAGGAGCACCUCGCGGUCUGCCUCCUCAUGCUGGCGCGCGGCCAGCGCGACGCCCGCGCGCCGCCGGCGGCGCAGCAGCAGGAGCACAGGUGCUCCGUCUGCGGCAAGGCGUUCCCGUCCCACCAGGCCCUCGGCGGCCACAAGUCGAGCCACCGCGCCAGGCCGCCGCCGCCGCCGGCAGCCCCAACCCCGGCCGCCGAGGAGGAGCCGGCCGCGGCCCCGGCCCCACCAGCCGCAGCGGUGCCCUCGGCCUCGCCCGCCGCGUCCUCGUCCACGUCCGGCGCCGCCGCUGGCAGCAUCAGCGGCGGCAGCGGCAGGGUGCACGAGUGCUCCGUGUGCAGGAAGACGUUCCCGACGGGGCAGGCGCUGGGCGGCCACAAGCGCUGCCACUACGAGGGCGCCGGCGGCGGCGCCACCACCACCAACGUCCCAUCCACCAGCGCAGGAUUGAUGAGCUGCCGCGGGUUCGACCUCAACGUACCGGCCCUGCCGGACAUCAUCACCGCCGGCGAUCGGUGCAUGCCGGCGGCCGAGGAAGAGGAUGAGGUGCUCAGCCCCUUGGCCUUCAAGAAGCAGAGGCUAAUGAUCCUCGCAUAGCAUGCUCUCCGAGCCUAUCAGUGCCUGGCACCUGAUUGGAUCGAACUACUUCAACCAACAUUUAUUGCGUGCAUGCUUGCAUUUCGAGGGCGUGUGCCCUACAUAAAUAAAAAAAGCUGAAAAUCGUGGUACGCCUAAUAAACGGAACGGAGGGAGUAGUUGGUUACUCCAAGUCAUGAUCUCCUCCUCGAUUGCUUCUACUGUGUUGGGUUGCUGGAAGUGUUGGUGAGCAGCUGUACGCUUGCACGGGUCAGGUGUAGGUCUCUGAUUGCCGUAAACCUAUGUAUUUAAAUUUUAAUUCCGUAGAAUGAUUCUUUUCAUUGAUUGCUGUAAGCCUGUAAGCUUAUGUGUAUAGAAAAGAAUUGGAAUUAGAUGUGGCAUGUGAGUGCUACUAUCUUUUACUAAAUCCUUUAGUCAGUAUUUCAUAUAUGUAGAAGAAUGGAGAAGACAUAUUGGCUUGAAUAUAGCUCGCCAUUUCAAGUUGAUGGUUUUUGCCGACCAGAGUAAAUGUCAGGGCAGUAAAAAUUUAAAUCCUCAAAAGUUUUUAUGGUGUAUUGGCAUGUCAAGAUUUUGGUUUGGCAGAAAUUAGCAUCCAACCAAUCGGGCUCAUGAUGUACAUGAAGAGAUUCUCAUCAGUUUUGCCACUUGAAGUGCUAAAAAGAAAUAGUUCAGACAUAUAUUUGUUGCUUUCUUUAGUUACACAAUAUCUAUGUUAAACGUAAAGAACAACUCAA